ACGCUCAGUUAUAUAAAAGACAGGAGCAGCCUGCGGCACUGACCAAUGUACAACACCGCCGCCCGUAUAUCGUACACACACUUACCCAUGCGGAGUGGCUAAAAAUAUACACAUUCAGCUGCUGCUUCUUUCGUAUGCAAAUGUGGGGAACGGUGGCUGUUCCAUGUUCUUUAGGGGAAGAAGACUGGUCCAUAUGGGACUAUGAGAAAGCUGUCUCUCCCCUCUGUAGCCUCGACUUUUUAGCUGUCAGGAACAUGGCGGAAAAGGGAGAAGGUGUGCCUUCCGUCGAGGAGCAAGUUAUGGAAGAGGAAAAUGCGGUAUUACAGGAAGAAAGUGAAAUCAGCGAAGGGGAAAAAGAAGAGGAAGAAUUGUUUGAAGUAGAAUGUUUACUUGGAAAGAAAGUGCGCAGCGGCAGGGUGGAGUAUCGCGUACGGUGGAAAGGAUAUUCAAAAGAACAUGACACAUGGGAACCAGAAGAGAAUCUAGAGCAAGUAUUAGAUAUGGUUGAGGAGUACAACAAGAAAGAAGAAGAUAAGAAAAAAGCAAGAAAAGAAGAACGUCUUAUUCGAAAGGCUAAAAUGGAAGGGAAAAAACUGCCUGGUGAGGAUAGUCCAGAGAGUGAUGACACAGAUGAUGAAAUUACUGGACUCAAAGAUCCUUUUUUCAAAUUGUUGGAAAAAGGCAAAGUGGAUGUGUUCUCACAGGAUCUCUACUCCAAAGUGAAAUCAAGAGCAGCCAUGCUAGCUGCAAAGGAAAAGGAGAAGAAAAAGGAAAAGGCUCAGGCUGCACGUAGCUCAUCUAGAGAACAGAGAAGGGCAGCCCGCAGCAUGGGUCAGAAUAGAAGCAGUGGUAGGAGAGGGGGAAGAAGCAUGGGCCAAGCUAAGUCAUCUGCAGAGAGCAAAGGGAAAGAUGAAGACAGUGACAACAGCUCAUCAGGAAUGUCUGAACAACAACCAACAAGCCCAGAAGUGAAGUCAAGAGGGAGAGCCACAGACAGGGGAGAUAACAAGACCCCCAAGGCAAGCACCAAGAAAAAGAAGAAACGAGCUGCUCCCAGAAAACCAGACCGCAGGAGAAGCAGCUGGACAUCGAAUGCUGCUGAUUCUUCCCUCAGCAGUGCAACUGACAGUUUUUCAGAAAGCCGCAGUGUGUCAUCAGAAACCAGUUAUAGCAUAAGAAAGGACAAUAAAACUAAUCCCUGUGAGACCCUAUCUGCGGCAGCUGCUGCUUCAGAGGAGGAAAAUAUAGAAGUGAUCCCAUAUGUGGAGAAUAUAACCAUGCCCUCUCUUGUUAUGAAUAUGGCAUUGGAGACAUCCCCGGCAGCAGAUGUGUGCAGCGAGGGUCACGAGGAAGUUGAUGGUAGACACAAAGCUGUCGCCAACAUCGAAGAAGGAACACCAGCAUUGCUCCCAGUAGAGUCAUCAUGUAGUGAGAUCCAAGAAGAGCAGAUGCAAUCUACAUAUGAAAAUCUUAUUAAAAAUGAUGAAGAACAAGAAGCAGUUUGUCAAAGAGGCCAUGGAAAGAAAAAGAAAAGAUUGCCAAGGAAACGAAAAUCCCAAGAAACAGAAAGCAGACUUUCUGACACUUCCAGCAGUGCAGAUCUGUCACCUAUCAAGCCGCAAACUCCACCAGAUGCCUGCAGCUCCUCUCAGUCCAGCCCAGGUCAUGAGAUCAGAAGUGAGCAAGACAAUGAUGUGAAUUCUCUUUUGGAUGAAAGCAGCCAGGAGAAAAGACUGAAGAUUGAUCUCAGUGGAGCAGAAAGUGAAGACGAUCCCCUUCCUCAGCUGCCAUUACCUCUGGUGCACAAAAUGACUCAGGAAAAGAAAGUAGAACCGUUGCUGCUACGACUUCACAACGAAAGUCGCGUGCACUUUGGUAUAACUGCUGAUAGACCACCUGAAGAUAGAGUGUAUGAAGUGACUCAUAUAGAAGCGACUAGGUUAGGACUUGUACAAUCUAAGCUACCUAAAAGAGAUUCAGACUGUGUAGAACCUGCCCGCAAACCUCAGAUGCAUGUGCCAAAUAUAACAGAUUCACCUGCUUACAGCCAGGGACAGACAAAGCACUCUAUUGUUCCUUCACCAGGUGCUUCAUCAUUUUUGGAGAAUGUGACAGUGCCAAAUGAAGUUUCUUCUAAUAGUCUCCCGCAGGAUUCUGUGUAUUCAGACAUCGGAAGUGUCCGACAUCAGCCCGAGUGGAACUUGGGAAGGGAGGCUGUGAAUUUGAAAUUGGAACCAGGAAAGGGUGGUGUAUCUGUUGCAAAGCAUACUGUACACAUUACUGUGACACAAGGUAAAGAGAAUGCUGACAGAAUGCAAGGGACUAAAUCACUAUCCAAGAAAAAAGAAGCUGAGGGUACGCAGCCUUUGGAGACAAUUCUUAACUCCUCGCUGUUGUCAGAGAGUGACAAAUCAAGGAAUAUAAAAGGUUAUGAUGACUUCGAAUUUGCACUAGAAAAAAUGGACUUGGCAGACAUUGAGGAUAUGAUUUUGCCACCAGUUAUUCCUUUAGAGCUUUCUGAUGAAGAGCUAAAGCAGGCGGUCUUGGAGGGCGAUUUGAACAAAGUUGACCAAGCGCUAUCUUCAAAUAAGUUGUACAAUCUGAACCAGGCUGAUCAUAAUGGCUGCACACUACUCAUGCAUGCUGUGCUGAAAGGGUAUGAUGAAAUAGCUAAUCAGUUGCUGUGUCAUGGUGCUGAUAUACAAAUUCAGCAGAACAAUGGUUACUCUGCAGUGAUGUUAGCAGUUGAAUGUGGAGAGUUUUCUACAGUGGCCCUUCUUUUGGAUAUGGGGGCAAACGUCAAUGCAACAGAUAUUCAUGGAGAGACGGCACUCAUCAAGGCAGUAAAGCGUGGUGAUAAACAGAUUCUAAAGCUGUUGCUGGAGAAUGGAUCCAACUUUACUGUGACCUUUCAGUCAGGUUACAGUGCCCUACAGCUGGCGAAGGUGAACCGCCUGGCAGACAUUGAAACCACUCUUAUUGAUCAUAUUAACAGAGUAGUAGCAGAAUUUGAGCGUCAGAUCCAUGCCACACUCAAGGGCACUGCAUCACUGCAGUCACCUGUGUUUCCAAUCCAGUGCUUUCCCUUGAGAGAGAGCAACACCUACAAAGUGAACUUCAGACACAUGCCAGUGCAGCUGCCAUCAGGUGUGGGAUUUCUUCUCUUUAUCGCCCAUGCAUGCUUCAAUGGUAGUGAAGUGAAGUGCCGCCUGUAUGGACAGUGUGCUGUCACCUCUGUCUAUCUCAAUGGAAUUCUUCAGCCGUCACUGACACAGGACAGCAAUUUUGUUCUCAUGUGUCACCCCUUACUUGAAGGUCGAAAUGAACUGAUCGUCAACAUCAAGAGGGACUUGCAGACCAAGGCUAACCUGCUAGUAUGUGCUUACAAAGCUCAGCUUUUGUCAGCUCGCCAGUGACCCUGUCCACUGCCACAGACAAGACAUGAGCAUCUGUCUUCGGUUUACUAUAUCCGUGGUGUCGCCAUACACCUGCAUUAUCUGUUUGCCCUAUUCAACGGCCAGUAUAACCACUAGCACGUGGACAGUGUUUUACUGAUGAUUUCUUAUACCUGCCAGACCUGUUUUAUGAUUGGAUCAGACACUGUGGACGAUGCAAGGCUGCAAGAAGAUAACCAUUUGAGCUCCAUGCGGAUUCAGAGUUGGCUGCGAGAGCUUGAAUAAUCUAAAUGUGUACAUUUGGGACUUACUAAAGAAGAAAGUAAAAUUUUGCCUUUGGCAAACUAGAGUUGUGAAAGUAAACAUUCAGAGUAUAUUGGUUCAUGUCACAGAGUUAGUAACAUGAGCUGUUUUACCUUGUUCUUCCAUUUACGUGGAAGAGGUGCAAUUUAGUGAUAAAGAUGAACUGAAACCUGCUUUGAGAUGAAGCAGGUAAAACUUUAAAUUCUCCCGUUACAUAUCGUUUGAAAGGUGAGGAAUAGGCUGGAAAAGCUACUUUUAUAAAGGUUUCAAAUUGCAUUCUUUUAAAGCACAUGCUUUUAUAAUUGUUGGCAGAUACAGCUUAAAUGGAUAGAAUGUCAAUGUGUAGAAAUGUAUAACUUUUGAUAUGUUAAAUUCUGCAGAGCUGGAAUGAAUGCUACCAGUGAUGAGUUUUGCUUUAGCUAUGCUCAUGAGGAGCAGUGUUUCUAAUUGUUAAAAUAAUAUAUGAUGUUCUUGAAACUUGAACUAGGUGCUAAAUAUGCUAUAUUGAGGUUUAUGUAAGGAUUGUCACAAUAUUGUAGGUGUGUGGUAUGUGUAUUUUGGAAACAAGUGUCUGGAUUGUGUCCCUCGAGUCCAGUGCAAGUUGGUGUGUGUAUGAAGAAGAUAGGGAAUAUGUGUGUGUGUGCCGUCACUUUUACCCUAUUGAGAUACUAAAAGAGUCAUGUAAUUAAGAAGCAUUCUUGGUGACUCUUUGUCUCGAUAGUGAAACCAGUAAACUUGCUUCUAAAAUUUCAAACUUAUAAAAGAUUAAACCAAACAAAGUACGUGACUUUCAAUGCAGCUUUCUAUAUAUUUCCACAAGCUAUUGAUACCACAAAUUUCCUAAUCCUUGGAAUGUCGUCAUGAAAGACACUUUUGAUGUGUGCCAUUUGCUAGUUUAUUAACUUCUCAAAGGCAAACUGUUGCCAGACUGGUUCAUUUGUAGAUUAUCAGGCAACAUGCCUGGUGAAUGGUACAAUGCAAACUGUCGUCACAAAACGUAUUUCCUACAAUAUCAUUUGUGUACGAUGUGACACAAGACACCUAUUAUAAAUUCCUUUGCUGUACUGUUCCAACCAUUUCUUUCAAGUAUUUUGACUGUUGUUGUAACAGUGUUCUUUAGUGAACCUUGUUGAUGAAGGAGCUGCUUAAUGUCCAGGUUGCUUCAUUAUCUUUAAGUGCUGCUCAUUGUGAUUUUAGGAAGUUGUUCUGAGUAGCUCUAUCCACAUACAUAAUUCUAGAAUUUUUGUCUUCAAAACUUUGUUCCCUUUCUCUAUUAAUUCUUUUAGUUAUGUUCUGAUAUAGCUAGACAUCUUGGACAUAUUUCAAGGUGGGUUUUUGCAAAUCUAGAUUUUUGUGUCUUCUCUUAGAGUGCCGUGAAUGAGGUUGCUUUGGUCAUACAGUCCAUUCUGUUAUUCCCCCAUCCCUGCAGAAAAAGAACUGCUGAACAAUGUCAGAGAUCUUCCCAUGAGAUAUUUAUUGUGCCAUGUGAUUAUUUUAUUAUAGAAUUAAAUAAAGAAUUCUGGAAAGCACAGAAAUUGAUAAGCAUGAUAAAAUCUCACAUACAAUAUCAUAGUAUGUUGUAGAAUAAAGAUAAUAAGUCAUGAACAUAUUUAUAUAAAAAAUCAGAUUAUUGAUCCCUGUUUGUGUAUUUGGUCCUUUAUUCUGCUUAAUAUUAUGUGAUCAAGAAUAAAAGAGUAGGCAAUAGAAGGAUCAAAAUGUUGCAUAAAUGAAUGUAUUGGCUGUAAGAUAAAGUGCCUAAUAAACCAGUUCUUGUCUAAUGCUGGUAAGAUACUUUUUAAAAAAAGGACAAAGUUACAAAUAAUUGCUGCCAUGGGUGUCAAUAUCAAACAUUUAAAUAGAAUCAAGAAAAAGGGCAACAUUUUCUUCUCUCUUAAAAGCUACAAGUUGUAUGAAAUGUAAUACAGGCAGGGGGUAGGAAAGAUUAUUGUCUAUAUAAGAUUUAUUUUGAAAGAGUAUUUUUCUAUAACUGUUUUUUUUUUCCCACCCAUUGCACUCAACCUGAACAUUAACUUGUAGUGAAAGUGGUUUUGUUUUGACUUUUAUGUGGCACUAAUCUGGUACCAAAAGUUGCAGACAAGAAAAAUUGAGAGUUCGAUUCAUAUUUACUGUCUGGUUUGGUUAGACCUAGAAGAUAGUUAUUGUGAGUUAGGGUUUGAUUUAGUGAAAAAAAUUGUUGCUUUUCAUUCUACUACUUUGUUUAUUUCAUAAGCUAAAGACUUUUUUUUUUUUUAAAGUAUUGGCUUCUUUCAACCUCAAUUCAAUCAUGUGAUAUUCAAAUGUGAUAAAUCUUAGCUUACUUGUAGCACAAUUGGAAGAAGAAAGGAAAAUAAAGUUACAAAGUUUCAUCCUGACAGAAACAUAAUGGUAGUUUGUAUCAUGGAGGAGCUAUCCCCCCUCACCUUUUAUUUAAAAUUAUUUAUAGAUGUCAUAUUCGUUCUGAAAUUUCUCCUGAGCUUGAUAACAUGCAUAUCCCUAAAAAAAGUAAAAAUUGCAUACACAAGAUUGCAUGAGAAUGUCUAGAAGGAAGUAGUGUCAUAGAACAUGCAGUAAAGUCUGUUAAUGUUAUAGGUGCUAAAUAUAAGCAUAUGAAGACAUUUUACAUUCCCUUGCAGACACACAUGCAUCAACUCAAUUUGUAAAUGUGUGCUCAUUUGCACUCAUGUGUAUACCUGUUUUGAUGCAUGUACACCUACCACACAAGCACUCUUAUGUAGGACUGUGAAGAAAAAUCUUGGAGUUAUUGUCAAUCAAGUGAUGUUUUCUGCUAUAUUUUUUCACCAGGAAAGCUGUGCUUUCAGAUUGGGUUUGUGAGUUUAGUGAUAUUGCAAUGGAUGUUCUUUAGUGUUUAUUCAGGUUUAAAAUUAUCUUUGUUUUAAUGAAGGGGUGGAUGUAUGUUGUGUGCUACUCUUGAAAACACUCAUCUCUCAGAAUCUUAUGAAAUAUACAUACAUGCAAAUAGCAAUAGGUCUCUGUGCUUUACAUUAAUUAGCACAAACUUUGAGAUUAUUUCUUACAACACCAAUACCGGGGAGGUCACAACACAAUUCUGUUUGAGGACAGCAUUUUUUUCAACCAUGUCUUUGUGAGGGGUAAACAGGCAGCUAGUGAAUGACUGGCUUCAGGAAAUGUCCAAGCAGCACAUUUGGUCAUCAGCAGAUUACUUUCCUGGCUUGCUUGCUUUAGUGAAAUAACUCAAGGGAAGUAUAUUUGUCAUGGUAUUGUUUUGAUUGCAAGAUGUUCUUGCAUCACCUAUUUCAUAUAAUUGCUGAAAGAGCAAAUUUGUACUGUUUGACCACAAAGUGAAAGCUUGCUAUUUUUAUGAAUUCUAAAUGAAAUGUCAUAAUUCUUUUGAAUAUAUAUUCUGGCUGGCUGCCUGCCUACUUAUUUAGUGGUGUAGGAAGAUGCUUUUUUUGGGGAGGGGAUGGCAAACUUCAAGCUUAACAGCUUAACAUUCAUCCCUCCUCAGUAUCUGUUUUGUUCCCCCUCCCCAUGCCCAUUUCCUACACUACUGUUAUUACUGCAACUUCAUUAUGUAUGGAUUAUAUUUAGUUACUAGCAUAAUUUAUGCUUUAUUUUCAUUUUGAAGAUUGUGAUGAGCAUGAAGAUGUAAUAGUUAAUGAAAGAAGUACUGAUAUUUUUCCUAUAAACAUGUAGAUCACAUAGUGAUUGUAGAUGACUAGGAAACAUAGGCAGCCAGUUGACAUUUACAAACAUUCACUUAUUCUUCAGUAAUUUUUUUUUUUUAUGUACCCAAAAAGGAUGCGAAGGUGCAUUGGAUAACUUCUCUGAUCUCAAGUACUUGUGUGUAGGAAGUAACAUUUUGUUGUGUACCAUGCUUAGCACAAAAUCUUGAAAUUUCAUUAGUAUCUUCUUACUCCAAAUAAUCCUUUUACUAGUGGUCAUUUGCAUUCAUUUACACUUUUAAGUAUACUGCACAGUCUGCACUUUAUGGCUGACCACUGCUGUGAUAGAGUGUCCUGAUCUUUUUGCUAUGAUUUGAUCUCUCUUCAUGAAUGUUUCAGCAUAUUCAGAAAAAGGGUGUGAAUGUGUGUGUAAAUCUGUGUGCAUGCUCGCACAAUUUUAUCAAAAUCAAAUACAUGAAAGGUAAGUUUAUUUUUAUUUUUGUAACUUACAACAGGGAAAGAAGGGGUGUUCAGGUGCAAGGUUUGUGUUGGCAACUCUGGGUAUAUUACACCAAAGAAUGGUUUAGGUGAUAAAUUUUUUAUAUAUUUGCGCUUUUUUUCUUUGCGUGGUUGUUAAAGAGUACAGUAAACUGUAUAUAUACACUGUGAAGCGCUGCUUGUAAUUAUGUCAAGGGUAAGCACAGGAACAAUGCUCCUUAAAAACUUAGUGCUUGUAUCUGAAUCAUUUAAUGAAAACCUUGUAGGGAUUCAGUUAAAAUAUGAUUCCAGUGUAAGAUAUGCUGGUCAUUGUUAACUUUUGAGAGGUUGUUUGACCAGUUUUACUUCAUUUGUCCCUCACAGAGAUAGCUAUAACUUUAUAGUGCGCAUCACUGCAUACUCUUGAUGCUUGCACUUAUAAAUUGCCACUACCAUUCUUAAGGAGACCAUGAUUGUCGUUUUAUUUUUAUGUAUUUCGGGGACUGGGGGCUUUAUGAAUUUUUUUGUUUUGAGUUUUUUAAAAAAAAUCACUACAUGGAUAGCUGUUUUCAUUGUUUCAUCUUCCUGAAAAGCCAAAAGAUUCAUGCUGCAUUGUUUGGGUGCAAUUUGGCAGUAGCUAGUUAAAGCCCAAGGCUCGUAUAUGCUGUAAUAUUUUGAGAACUGUUGUAUGCAGAGAUUCCUGGCUGGUCUAUGGUACAUGGCUGUCGUGCUCUGAAAUGUGUUCUUAUUAUCUGUGAUUUUGUGGCCAGUACUUCGCUCUUCAGAUUAAGAAGCCUAGAGAGAUUGUGCUGCUUGAUAUUUUUCCAAAAGGACCCUCCCUCCUUACCCUUUUCUCAAAAAGGGGAGGUUGGAUUUUGAUACCAGUUUGAAUGUAGAUUGUUUAGAAGUUUCACAGUGGUCAUUUUAAGGAAACCAUUCUUUUGUUGAGAGCUUUCCAUAUGAGCACUGUGUUGAAGAGCAGCUAGUCAUUAUACAAUAGAACACAUGGUAGCUGAUGCAUAUUAUCUCCACUCAUGUUUGUGUUCUGAAUUCCUGCUUUCUGGGUAAUAAAUUUCAAAUAUUCCUUUUUUAAAGAAAAAAAUGCUGAAAACAGUUUCACUUCAGUUUGUUUUUUACCCACCUGCAGAGGUGGCCUUGAUGCAAAUAACUGGGGUUUUUAUAAUUAGUUUUUUCAAAAUUUUUCAACCCUUGAACUUUUCACUGAUAACAGCUAAAGGAGUUUGUAUUAAGGUUUAUUCUCAUUAAGCUGCAAAGAAAGGAUUGCUGCAUCCUUCAUUAAUGAUGAUCUACCUGUAAAAUUGGGGGGAAUUCAGGGUUCACAGUUUUGCUAUAUGGUUAUAUUUAUAAAUACAGAGAUUGGGGAGGUUCCAUUUACUUAAGAAGUGCACAUGAAAUUCAGUUCCUUUGUUUUUGUCUUAAUGAGUAAAAUAUUACUGCUCUGUUGUAAUUAAUGUUCAAAACAACUACUGGUUUUUGUUUGUAGUGUGGCUAUUAUUGGUUAUAAAAUUUGUUAUUUUACUCAAUGGACAAGAUGUUUCAAUAAAAUAUUAAGAGAUAA